GCGGGUCGUGUUGAAGCGGAACUGCUCUGCUUGUGCUCGUGUUUCCGGUCGGACGCAUUUGAGCGUCGCGCAGCCGCGGGUCACACGUGCGGGCAGAAGCUUCACUGGCAGGUUUGUGUUGAGGAUGGAGUCGCUUGUGGAGGUGCAGAGAGGCGCUGCUGCUAUUAAAGAGCAGUUCCUCACCACUAAAGAGAAGUUCCACGAGUUUCUAGCGUCGGGCCGGCUGCGUCAGAGCACAGAUGAAGCAGACGGAGACUCGGAGGAACCCUCGGGAGAACCGGAGCAGAAGAGAGUCAGACUGGACAGUGACGGAGACAAGAAGAAGAAGAAGAGAGGACAGAAUAAAUCCAGACCUCACGUCAAACCUCAGAGCUAUGAAGACAGACGACUGUGUCCCUCCAUCGUUCAGGAGCGAGACACGAAGUGCUUCUACGGUGAGAAGUGCCGCUUCCUCCACGACGUGAGCGAGUACAUGUCCACUAAAGCGGCGGAUCUGAGCGAUCAGUGCUACCUGUUCAACAGCUUCGGCUGGUGUCAGUACGGCGUCACCUGCAGGUUCGCUAAAGCGCACACGAGCCCCGAGCUGAAGAACCUGAGGAACCAGGAUCUCUGCAGACGCUCUACAGACACCGUCAGAAACCUGCUGGACAAAGAGCUGCAGAGACGCCUGCGGAAGAAGCAGGAGAGGUUCCCCGGAGCCGAGGCGUACCUGAAGACCGUCAGCCGCGGAGAGAAACCUGCAUCGAACCAGGAGGAGAAUCUGAGCGGAGCGGGACACACACAGGACGGUGCGGAUGCUCCUGUGAAGACGGUGGGGCCGAUUACAGACACUGACAUCAUCAAGCUGCGACCGUGUGAAAAGAAACAGGUGGACUUCAGAGACAAGCUCUAUCUGGCUCCUCUCACUACGUGUGGGAAUCUGCCGUUCCGGCGCGUGUGCAAGCGGUUCGGAGCAGAUAUCACGUGUGGAGAGAUGGCCAUGUGCACAAACCUGCUGCAGGGUCAGACGUCUGAAUGGGCUCUGCUCAAGAGACACGCCUCUGAAGAUCUGUUCGGCGUUCAGUUGGAAGGCUGUUUUCCAGACACCAUGACCCGAUGUGCCGAGCUGCUCAAUCAAAACAUCGAUGUGGAUUUUGUGGAUAUAAACUCUGGCUGCCCCAUCGACCUCGUUUACAAGAAGGGUGGAGGGUGUGGCCUCAUGACACGAACCAGCAAAUUUGAACAGAUCGUGAAGGGAAUGAACUCUGUGCUAGAUGUUCCUCUCACGGUUAAGAUCCGUACCGGAGUCCAGCAGAACUGCAGCAUCGCACACAAGCUGAUCACAGAGAUGAAGAAGUGGGGCGUCUCGCUCAUCACGUUGCACGGCAGAUCACGUGAACAGCGUUACACGAAGUCGGCUGACUGGGAAUACAUCGACACCUGCUCAAAACUGGCCACUCCCGUACCACUGUUCGGUAACGGAGAUAUCCUGUCGUAUGAAGACGCUAUGAAGGCCAGAGAGACUGGAGUGUCUGGGAUCAUGGUGGCCAGGGGUGCGCUGAUCAAGCCGUGGCUCUUCACUGAGAUCAAGGAGAACAGACACUGGGACAUUUCCUCCGGAGAGCGUCUGGACAUCCUGCGCGACUUCACCAACUACGGCCUCGAGCACUGGGGCUCCGACACGCAGGGCGUCGAGAAGACACGCAGCUUCCUGUUGGAGUGGCUCUCCUUCCUGUGCAGGUAUAUUCCGGUGGGUUUGUUGGAGCGCGUCCCGCAGAAGAUCAACGAGCGUCCUCCGUUCUACAUGGGACGAGAUUACAUGGAGUCUCUGAUGGCAAGCCAACACGUGGACGACUGGAUCCAAAUCAGUGAGAUGCUGUUGGGUCCCGUACCUAAAAACUUCAGUUUUCUGCCCAAACACAAAGCGAACGCUUAUAAAUGACCGUCAACUGCAGUGAAAGUCAAUGGUUAUUGAACAGAAGUGCUAAUCAAACUUUUCUUUAAAUUUUAUUGAUAUCUAGUUUGAGGAUUUCAUGAUUUAUUAAGUGUAAGUUGUUUAUAUUCAGGUUGAGUUUGUUUUAAAUGCAUUAAAGUGUGUGUGAUGCAGAACUGAUCAACAGAAUAAAACUAACUCAUGGUCUUCACAUAGACGACGCUGAAUUAUACCUGUUUGCUUCUGUCUGUGCUCGCAGUAGAAAUUACUGCACGUCUUUACUGAUGAUGUUAUGAAAGAGAAUAAAGUCAGAUACUCACUAAUGACUGCAGCUAACAUUUAAUCACCCGUUGAAUCUGAAGAGAUCAUGUGCUCUACUGAAAAACACACAUUGACAUAGCAUUUUGUACAUUAGCAUCAUAUAAGUACACAAUGAGAGCGUUUUAACUGUGCCAGUGUUUAUUAUUAAUGAUCAGUUUUUUCAUUCAGAUUACACAAUAACAAUCACACAAAUUCAGUCACCUCACAGAAUGUACUGCUUUUAUUAAACAAAUGCGAAAUGUUCUGUGAUACAAACCCUCAGGCUGCACCAAUCACAGCCGCCGUUGAACAGGUGGGCGGAGCUACUGUCAGAGGAGGCGGGGUUUGUCACUGUUCCAUUCUCACACACACACACACACAAAUGCAGGACUGCUGGCAUACAAAUGUGAAAUUGACCUCUUGUUGACCUCUGAUUUUAGGCAGUGAAAAGAUUUUUGUAAAUGUAUGGAAGUCUGUUUCUGCCACAAAAUAAAAAAAGGAACUUGUA